UCUAACUCUUCAUUGGAUCAUUCACACAACACUAAAUUUUCUUACCAUCAUUUUCUUAUCUUAUAAAUUUAUAUAUAAGUGUUGCUAGAAUGUCCUCAAGUUCAGCUUGGACAACAAAGCAGAACAAAAGAUUUGAGAAUGCUUUGGCCAUCUAUGACAAGGACACCCCAGAUAGGUGGCAGAAGCUAGCAAGGGCUGUUGGAGGGAAGACAGUUGAGGAAGUGAAAAGGCAUUAUGAGAUGUUAGUUGAAGAUUUGAAGCAAAUUGAGGAAGGUCAUGUUCCUUUGCCCAAAUACAGAAAUGCUGCAACAAUUAAAGGUUACAAUUACAGUGACGAAGAACAAAGGUUGAAAUAUCUAAGCCUUCAGUGAAGUAUUGACAAAACGGAUCCAAGAAAAAAUGUGACAUAUUCGUAUAUCAUGCAUCUAGCUUGGUUCUAUAAGAACAAAAAAACUAAUCUAAUAUUGUUUUUUACUUUCUAUAUAAUAUGUACUCUAUUGUCGAUGAAUCUGUGCUAUAUGGCUAUAUGUACUAAAAUUUGUAAGUCAAUUAUUUCAAGGGCAUGUCAAUCACUUGAUCAUGAUGAUAUACAUGGUAAAUCAUGACCAUUUGACUA